AUGGCGGGGACCGCGGCGGCGUGGACCGUCCUCGUCCUGACCUGCCGGCCCCGAGACCGCGCCUUCGCCUUCCAGAAGGAGCUCGAGAUCCGCCGGGAGCGAGGGUCCCUGGCUGGGCAGCCCAUCCUCCUCACUGUGGAAGACCCCAAGGCCGAGGUGGGCAGCGGAGGGGCCACCCUCAACGCUCUCCUGGUGGCUGCUGAACACCUCAGUGCUCAAGCAGGCUGUACAGUGAUCACCUCGGAUGUCUUACAAAAGGCUCGGAUUCUUAUCCUGCACAUGGGUCGAGACUUCCUGUUCGACGACUGCAGCCGAGCAUUUACCUGCCUCCCGGUGGAGGAUCCCACAGCCCCAGCUGAGGCUCUCACCUGCAAUCUGGACAACCUCCUGGCAACCUUGACGAAGCAGGUCUGCCGGGAUUCCCCACCUGGGGUGUGGGUUUGCAGCACCGAUAUGCUUCUCACAGUUCCUACCAUGACAGCAAUUGAUUGGCAAGGAUUCCAGGGAGCAAGAGUCAUCGCUGUGCCCGCCAGUGUCUCCUAUGCCCGGAACCACGGCGUCUACCUCACUGAUGCCCAGGGGUUCGUGCAGGACAUUCUGUACCAACGCCCGGAAGAGGAAAUCCGGCUGUGCCAGGGGCCGGACAGGAAGGUUCCCUUGGUGUGUGGGAUUGUCUUCUUCUCCUCCGAGACAGCCGAGUUGCUCCUGGCCACUCACGUCACCCCCCCACUCGACGCCUGCACCUACCUGGGGCUGGACUCGGGUGCCCCUCCCAUCCAGCUGUCCCUCUUCUUUGAUGUCCUGCUGUGCAUGGCUCGCGGGGUGAGCGAGGAGGCCUUUGUGAAGGGACGGAGCCUGAAGACAGGCGCUGGAGACUCCCCGGAGGAAGCAGCGCUCAGGAGUGUGCGGUCCGUGCUGUGGAAGGCGCUGCACACGGUGCCGCUCACCAUGGCAUACAUCCCCCAGGCCUGCUGCAGCUACAUGACCCAGUCCGCCAGCGAUCACCUCCACCACCUGACCGCCUGUACGGGCCCCGCCGGCAGCAGCUCCUUCCGCAAAGUGGCGCAUUCCCACGUGGCUGAGCCUCAGCUUCUGGAAGACGGCUGCUCCAUCACCAACAGCUGCUUGGAGGGAGCGGUGGCCGUGGGGACUAGGAGCGUCGUCCAGCACUGCCACCUGCAGGGUCCCUUGCAGAUCCGCUCUGGCUGCCUCCUCACUGGGCUUGACGUCACCGCCUUGGGCGCUCUCCGGAGCCACCUGCUGGAGGACGUGGUCCUUCAGGGACAUGCGGUCAGGCUGAGGGAUAUCACCUGCAAGGUGUUCACCCUGAGCGGAUGUCGGGACCACUGGCAGAGCCCAGCACAGGAAGACGGCACCUACCUGAACAUGCCGUGGGCAGCACUCUUCCUCCGGACAGGAAUACGGUAUGCGCCUGCGUCCCACGCGGCCUCCGCUCCCCGCCCGAGGGCUCCCCCAGCAUCCCCUUCAAUGCGCUGUCGCAGCUCUGGCUUAAUGGCAUCGCGGCCCAGUGCCACCCGGACUUGCCUGGCCCUCGACCUUGCCGCUGCCUUCCAGCUUCCACGAUUGCCAGUGCGCUUCUCCCCAGUCAGGAGCCAAGAUCUUUGGAGCCCCGACGUGCCCCCAGGCGGCUGCUGCCUGCUCAACGCUCGCCUCCUCCCUGUGCUGCAUGUCUCUGGGCCCGUGCCGCCCGGGGACCUCCUGUGGCUCAUGGGCAGCCCAGAAGCGGGACAGCUGCAGCGCUGGCGCAAGGCCUGGCGCAUGUCCUGGGAGGAGCUGCGGGCUUGCCUGGACCAGGAGGCCGAGCUGGCUGCCCGCCAGGCCCUCUUCUUCCGGCAGGCGCAGCACAAGCUCCGGCGGGUGCUGCUGGGGCGUGGCAACCACAGCCUGCUGCCUCUCCUGCGCUCCGCCGCCCUGGAAGGCUUCCAGGAGCUCACACUGGAGACACUGGACCAGGUUGCAUCCACAGCUCAGGAUCCAGGGGUGGUCGCCCGAACCCUGGCCUGCAUCGCGGACCUCCUGGGCUGUAUGGCCAGAGGGGAAGGGGGCUUACGGAGCGGCCCCGCAGCCAACGCGGCCUGGGCCUCUGCUUUCCGGCACCUCGAGAGAGGGGACAUUUCUGCAGGCACGAAGGACCUGGCCGAGGAGAGGAAGAAGUGGCUGGACAGGCCCAUCCUGCUGGUCCGUGCGGCGCGACACUAUGAGCGGGCAGCGCAGAUCCUCAUCCGCCGGACGGUGAUGGCCUCCUGCCGGUUUGUGAGCCUCCAGCCAGCCGAACCGCCUCCCGUGGGUGCCUGGGUGACCGUGGAGUGCCCAGCUCGGAUCGACCUCUCGGGCGGCUGGAGUGACACCCCACCCAUCUCGUACGAGCACGGUGGAGCAGUUGUGGACCUGGCCGUCCUGGUGGAUGGGCACAGGCCCAUCGGCGCCCGGGCCCGGCGCAUCUCCGAGCCGGAGCUGUGGCUGGUCAGUGCCAGCGGAAGCCUGGAGGGGGAGGUGGUGGUGGAGCACGUGUGCCAGCAUCUGGAGGACUUGAGGGAUUACUGCCAGCCGCAUGCCCCAGCGGCACUGCUGAAAGCGGCUUUCAUUUGCUCUGACGUUGUGAGCCUCUCGUCCAAGAAGGCCUUGCGGGAACAGCUCGGCGAGCGCUUUGGGGGUGGCUUUGAGCUCCACACCUGGUCUCAUCUGCCACAUGGAUCGGGGCUAGGCACCAGUAGCAUCCUGGCUGGUGCUGUGAUGGCAUCGUUGUACCGGGCAUCCGGGCGCUCCGCCAGCACCGAGUCCCUGAUUCACGCCGUGCUACACCUGGAGCAGGUUCUCACUACAGGUGGCGGGUGGCAGGACCAGGUUGGUGGGCUGGUGCCAGGCCUCAAGAUCGGGCGUUCGAAGGCUCAGCUGCCGCUGAAGGUGGAAGUGGAACAGCUGGCCGUUCCUGAGGGCUUCAUCCGCACCCUGAACGAGCACCUGCUCCUGCUGUACACCGGGAAAACCCGCCUGGCUCGCAACCUGCUUCAGGACGUUCUGCGGAACUGGUACGCCAGGCUGCCCAGCCUCGUGCGCAACGCCAGCGCCCUCGUGCGCAACGCAGAGGAGUGUGCCCAGGCCCUUAGGCAAGGCGACCUGGCCCUCUUGGGCGAGUGCAUGAACCGCUACUGGCUGCAGAAGAAGGCGAUGGCGCCCGGCUGCGAGCCGCUGGCUGUCCGACGCAUGAUGAAGGUGCUGCGGCCUCACGUCUACGGGCAGAGCCUGGCAGGCGCCGGAGGGGGCGGCUUCCUCUACCUCUUAGCCAAGGAGCCCCGGCAGGAGGAGGUCUUGCAGAGGAUCCUGGCGGAAACAGAGGGUUUGGGAAACUUCAGCAUCCACACCGUGGAGAUUGACACAGCGGGCUUCCAAAUGCACCUUCCUGGGGAGGACUUGCAGCAAGAGGAGUGAGCAGCCCUGCAGAUUUCCCGGUCCAUUGCCUGCCGGGAAGGCUGGUCCGCUGGCCAAAACCGCCUCUGCUCCGUGCUGUCCUUGCUCUUCAGACACUCCCGCCCUGCCAGACUGCAAGCGCUGAGGCAGGCCUCUGGCAGCAGGCAUGGCCUCCCUCAGAAGGAAUGUCAGGCUGCCUGGCUUCAGCUACCGAGAUGGCCAGAAGCCGAUUCACAUCUUUCUCCAUACCUGCCGAGCCACCUAAGAACCCAGGCAGGAGCGUGUUCAAGCAGGCAGCCAGCACCUUUAGUGCCUCUGAAAGGCCCCCAGGAGGGUACUGGAGCUGUAGCCGCCUCACUGGUCUUUUCAGGGGCCUCACACUGGGGUGCCGUGGCAUUUCUUCUGGAAUGCAGGAGCCAGACAGCUGAUACAAAGACCACAAGCAUUAUAACUCCUGAAUGGUGCUGUUUCCUGCAGUGCCUAGAAGUCGGGUGCAACUGAACACCACUGGACGUCAUUAGAAGAGCCUGAGGUGCAGGCCGCUUUUGCUGGGCUGUGACCAAUAUUUUGAACAUUUUUGAUUAAGCCAAGUCAGGUAGGAAAGAAAAUCCUUUCCUGUUUGUGCCAGAAGUGAUUUUUCUUGCCAAAAUGGAAAUUUGGGCCAUGCUUCAUCUUGGUGGAAAUUCUGCUUUGCUGCUUGUUAUCGUGCCUGGGCGCAGGGCAGGCCCCUCACCUUCAGCCAGACUGAACAAGCUGUUCUGGAAGGAGCAGCACUCCUGACUCAGGCAGAGCACUGGAACCACUAGUGGCGUUUUGGGCCUGGGCCAUUUGGUGGUCCAAAGAGAGACAGCUUGGUCCCCUGCAGAUCUUUUGGACUAAAACUCCACAACUCACCAUGCUAGCUGGGGCUAAUGGGGGUUCUAAUCUAGAAGUGCUUCCAGGUGAGGCACAAUUAUGCAUCUAAUUCACAAUUUUAUGUGGUGCGGGGAGACAUAAACAUCUACACUUCUGUACCUUUUCCACCCCUUUGCCAGUUUUAAAAAAUCAGAUAUUAAAUCAGAAUCACUACACA